AGCGGCCGAGUGAACGGGCUGAGCCGCCCGCCCGGCGCCAUCGCCAUGAAGGAUCACGACGCCAUCAAGCUCUUCGUGGGGCAGAUCCCGCGUAACCUGGAGGAGAGCGACCUCAAGCCGCUCUUUGAGGAGUUCGGCCGCAUCUACGAGCUCACCGUUCUCAAGGAUCGCUUCACCGGCAUGCACAAAGGCUGCGCCUUCCUCACCUACUGUGCCCGUGACUCGGCCCUGAAGGCGCAGAGCGCCCUGCAUGAGCAGAAGACGCUGCCAGGG